CUUCAGAUCGUGUUGAAUUCCAUUCUGAAAGCCAUGGUGCCUUUGCUACACAUCGCCCUCCUGGUGCUGUUCGUGAUCAUCAUUUAUGCCAUCAUUGGCUUGGAGCUUUUCUCUGGGAAUCUUCACCAAACGUGCUUCAACAACAGCACGGGGGAAAUGAUGGAUACGCCGAACCCGUGCGGCAUGAAGGGUUAUGACUGCAGCGAAAUGAACACCAACACCAGCGAGGAAGUCUGGGUCUGUCGCGAGUACUGGGACGGCCCGAAUUUCGGCAUCACGAAUUUCGACAACUUCGGCCUCGCCAUGCUCACUGUCUUCCAGUGCAUCACUAUGGAGGGCUGGACCGACGUUCUCUACUACUUGAUCUCAUGGUUUCAUUGGCCGGAACCUUUCGCAGAUCCAGGACGCGACCGGAAACACUUGGCAGUGGAUUUACUUCGUGUCCAUGGUAAUCCUGGGGGCGUUUUUCGUUAUGAACCUUAUUCUCGGUGUCCUCAGUGGGUGAGUGGCCAGUGUUUCCUCCACUCGUUGUCAGUCGAUAUGAUCCAUAGCCUGUCGUCGGCGUCGUUCGUCGUCGUCAUCGUCGUCAUGCCUCCUCCAUUGAAGAGACCCCAGCCCACUGAUCCCGAAAUUGCUGGCAUGGGACCCACUCGUUUCGAAAUAGAAUCUUCAACAGUCCGGGAAGUUCACAAGUGUCAUCCAAUGAUUUACGACACGCGUCUGGUGCAGUUCCUUGAACCCGUUGGACAAAGUGAGGUAUUGCCGGAAUUCGGCGAACCCGGCCCAUAA